UUUUGCAGGCGAGCUGGAAAUACCGGCCUAACUGCAUUUGGAAAAUGUACUCGUUGUCGUUCAUUCGUCUCUUUUUUCACACCGGUGGGAUUUCGUCUGUUUUCUAACGGAAAUAUGAAGUUUACAAUCCUAGAGCCCGACGGAAAGGCACACGAUUUCGUUCUGACAGGCGACAAACUGGGACAAGAAGCAUUAGACAAGGUAAGAAGCACGAGAAACGCUGAACUUGCCAAUGUAGUUUAACAUCAAAUUUUCUCCUGAAAGAUGAGAUAAUUUUAUCAUUCAAUGACUCUUGUUACUGUAUUUCUCAGGUCUGUGAGCAGUUAGGAAUAAAGGAGAAAAAUUAUUUUGGUCUUCGACACACUGUGAAUGAUAUCGGAGUCUGGUUAAAUCUGAGAAAUCCAGUGUCAACUCAACUUCGCCCUCAUUUACCUGGAAAACCUCAUCGACUCCGCCUUGAGGUUAAAUUUUACGUAGCACCACAAGAACUUCAACAGGAGGAAACGAGGUGAGCUAAUUUAGCUUUCGUUUUGUGCACGUUUGAAUUACUGCACGUUUUGUUCGUUUUGAAACUUAAUAUGCUGGGUUUAUACAGAGAGGUCGCGACAGCUUGUCACUGCAUUGCACGGACGACCAUUAUUUCAAAAUUUAUUUGAUCCUGUCGUUUUUUCACUUUGAUGAAUGAUCUAGUGACAAAUUUUUCAACUGAGAAUACAAUUUUGUGGCUUUUAGACAACAGUUUUACCUCUGUCUCAAGAAGCAAAUGGCCGACGGGAAAUUCAAUUUGACACAAGAUAACGCUGUUCAGCUUUGUGCUCUCAUGGCCCAGGUUGAGUAUGGAGAUUACUCAAACAUGCCUAGAAUCUACCCACAGUUUCUUUCACCUUGGGGCCGAGAAGACAUGGACGCAAAAAUAGCUGAGGCACAUCAAAAGCUACAAGGGAUGCCUUCGUCAGUUGCAAGAGAUUCAUUUCUCAAUGUUAUGUCCAAGGAAGAGCUUUACGAUGCAGAAAAUUUCAAGGCCAAAACAGGCAAGCAAAAAGUCAUGGUGGCAGUUGGAAGCAGUGGAUUGAAAGUGUACGAGAGAAGAACCCAUGGAAAGCUCAAGCAAAGGUAAGGGGCUGAUUGAAAUGUUUUUUAUCAAUAACUUUCAGCUUUUGUUACAUUGGGUCAACUUUUAAUUGUUUUAAUGUCGUAUUUGGUCCCGCACGGCCAAUCGUCUCUGGCUACUUAUUUACCAACAUCUUAAGCUUUUAACAAAAGCAAUGGAUUAGAAACCGAAAAUGAAAUGUAAAAACACAUUUUCCAAUCUUUUAUCAAAAAAAUUUGUUUAGAUAGGAAUGACAGUGAGGUUGCAGGGACCUUUGUUUUUUGAACUCAAACAAAUUUUUGCGCUUGUGUGAUAGGUUUGUUUUGUCAAAAUCACGUAUAAUUAUCUUUUGUCAUCGGAUUUGAUGCUCAUCUUACCUUUUGUUUGAAGCGUUAUCUACUUUCUGAUGGUAAUCUUGAGGGGUGUAGAUUUCAGGAAGACUUUUGGGAGGGUAUCUUAUAAUUACCAAUCAUGGUAUGACAAAAUCUUUUCUUUUAAAACAUCUUUUUUUGUUAGCUUCAUUGUUUUUGUAGGGUUAGUAAGCCUGUGUGUAUGCUUUUAUUUGGUAGCCAGGGUGAAUAUGUGGUAAUUAAAAAAAUCUAAAUUUUGAGCUCAUUGGCAAAGGGAGAGGAGAUGUAAUGCUACCUUUUGAUCAUCAGAAAAUAUGCAUCCUUUUAAAAACUCGCCAAUACCCAGGGCUGUCAGUAAGUUUGAAAAUAGAAGGCAAAUUAAAAGUAGAAGGUUAUUAGGUUAUUGUGGGCCCCGUGUUGCUUCCUCAGAAUACAAGUAAGAUUAGGAACUAUUCAGUUUCAGUGUCCCUGCAUACAUGCCAUACAGUUGGCAUGAACCUUUAGGCAAAUUCUCAACAUGGGUUUGAUUCACACGUCCAAUGCAGUUACUGGAAAAUUAUCUAGUGACCUCUCUUAAAAUUGACAAACAGCUGCUGUACAAAUUUCUUUAACUGUAUUUCAAUAAUUGUGCAAUUUUUCAUGAGUAAUUAUGUUGACAAAGGAAGUGAGAGUAGCCACUAAAUACGACAGACCAGGGGGCAACCUUGAUGGGCUAACUGCUAUUAUUGACAGCUCUGUGAAUAUGUUUUAGACACAAUCAGAUGAUCAGUGCCACUUAUUGGGGGGGAGGGAGGGUGGUUGUUAUUAAUCAUAAAGAGAGCUGAGGCACUAAGAAACUUUACCUUUGGUUGGGAAAUGAAGAAAAAUUGCUUUCUACAAUUACAAGUAUCAGGGCCUCCCCUUUUUCCUCACUGUGUGGAUCCUGUAUUGAUCAUCAGCAGAGUUUUGAUAGAUUGAAUCAAGUGGUUUCCAAAAUGUUCAGUGGCUCCCCUGAGUAGCAUUUCUCUAUCCAAUGCACUUGGCUUGUCCUGCUUUUCUAUAGUUUCUCAGUAGUUCUUGCCCCUAAGUCUAGGGUUUUUUUAAAUGCAUUCAACAAAUGGAAUCGAGUAACCCAAUCAGGAACCUGCUUAUGAACGAGUACAUGUAACUGUUAUUUGCUAACUCCACUUUUGAAUGGUGAAUGAAGGGUAAUGCAACAGUAUUUAUCCAAUUUUGUAGUUUGUGUUGACUUUAGAUCUUUGAACUUAAUUGCAGCAUUGGUUUUGAAAGCAUAAUGAAGAUGAAUGUGUCUGAAGAGCGACUGAUUGUUGUGUUGAAGAAAGUGUCUGAAAACAGCAAGUUGAACUUCAUCCACUUCUUCUUAUCCAGCAGCGAUGCUGCAAAAGCAAUGCAUAAGGCUGCCAUGGAGCACCAACUAUUCUUCUACUCUAGUAAAGUUCGACAGUCAGUUCUCAACCAUUAUUUGCUUUCCACUCCUUGUUGGGCUCUGCCAGCCAAGUGGUUCACCAAGAUGCCACCAGGUGAGCUUUUUCACUUGGAUGUGAAACAUACAAGGCGUCAGGCAUACGAUCUUCACUAUGAAAAAGUUCAUGAAGACAGUGACUCUGUGUUUAGACACAACUGGGUUUCAAAAUGCUCCAAUUGUACCUCUGAAGAAGCUAAUGCUCUCUUCACACCAUGUGGGCACCUUGUUUACUGUAGUGAUUGUGCAAAGGCUGAAUCAGCCUGCCCUGUGUGUAAUACUGUUGUUACCAGCUGGCAAAGAGUUUAUUUCUCCAAUGACUCAGAGUGUGAUGAUUGGACUUGCCAGAUUUGCAUGGACUCUGAAAUCAACACUGCAUUUUCCCCAUGUGGACAUGUUUGUGCAUGUGAGAAAUGUUCAUGCCAUCUUCCUUACUGCCCAAUGUGCAAGACAUUCAUUACCUUUGUUCAGAGAAUUCAUGUUCAGUUCCCUGAACAACCUGGUGAAAGUGAUGAUGAUGAUGGCUAUAAUUCAUCUUGAGUUUGGUUGUUCAUCAUUGACUUGAGUUAACCGUUAGUUUUUGAUGGAUACAUGUUAGUUGCCUUAUUGAUCAACCAUAUCUGAACAAGGUUAUGCUUAAAUGAUGAUCUGCAUUUUGUAAUUUACAGACUGUUGUAAGAUUUAAGAAUGAUAGUUAUUCACACCAGCUGUUUUAAACAUUUGUGGGACUUCAAGAUUGAUUGAAAUUGUCUACUACAUAAUGUUAAAUAAACGAUAAUAUUGACUAUAAUGGUUAUCCAGUGGCAUAGCACAGCAUGUCAGUAUCACAUAAAGACCAGUUAUCUGUGAUAGAAAGUUGUCAUUAUUAUUUCUUUUUUCUUUGUGAUCACAUAAAAUAUGAUAGUACUUGAUUUAUUCAUGAGACUGUAAAUCUUAGCUAGUGCAUCUAGGAAGUUACUUUUUUAGAUUGACACACUUGUACAGUGUUGGAAUGUGUUCAUCCAAUAAUUUAAAAAAAUUGAAAAAAAUUAUAGUAAGGAAAUUACAUGUAACUAUUAUCUCGUUUGGUAGAUGGUAUUAUGAUCUUUGUCAAAAUAGGAGAUAUUUAUUUGUGGUAUUCAGAAGUUCAUGAUCCGGCCAUUACUAAAUAUUUUGUUGUAACUAGUAUUGUGUACUUAAACCUAGAUAUUUAAAGUUGGCAAAAGUUUUCAAACUGCUGAAGUUUUUAAGAUGUAUCUUAAAGCUCUAAUAACAAUUAUGUAUUAACUUAAAGGAAGAUAUUGGA